CCUACUGGAAACAGUUCCCUGUAAACACGGGACCCCGUCCACAUACUUAAGAUGGCAGGGUGAAGCAUGGGGAUGAACCCGGGUCCAGUGGCUAGGCCACACCAGCUCUGCACUGCUCUCCUCUGGGCUCCGUGUCACCACAGAGAAGGUCGGUCUCAUCUGUUGGUGUCUGUUGUGUGCAUCAGAAGGACCCUGGGUGACGGCUGUUAGUGACAGCCGAAGGCCAAGCAUCAUGUGACCUCUGAACAGAAAAGAGAAGAGAGCUUUCUAUAGGUCUGUGAGGAAUCUCAGUAAUUCCAACACAGUGAGUGGCAGCUGAUCCCUGAAGGAUGCUAAGAAGGAGUGAGAAGGAAGGAAGUGCAGAAGCCAGUGGAACCAUGGAGCUGAAAGUGCCACAAGAAGGGAACUGUCCGACUCCGAUGUUAAUGAGACACUCGGGGCGGGCGGCAAGGAGAGGAGCCAUUGACCCAGGAGGAAGCAAAGUGACGGUCUCUUUGAUAACUCCUGUUUCUCUGAGAUAUGAAAAUGAAUGUGAAUGUCAAUCAGUGCUAAAAGAAAUGCUGGAGCGCCUUAACAAGAAAGCUGAUGAAGCCUUACUGCGGAACCUUCACCUUCAGUUGGAAGCACAGUUUCUGCAGGCAGACAUCAGUGUGGCCAAGGACAGGUACAAAAAGAAUCUUCUGGAAAUUCAGACCUACAUCAGCAUCCUGCAGCAGAUCAUCCAGACUGCUCCUCAAGUGUCCCUGGUUACUAGUGGGAUGCGGGAGGAGAAGCUGCUGACAGAGCGGGAGGUGGCUGCCCUGCGGAGCCAGUUGGAGGAGGGCAAGGAGGCGCUCACCCAUCUGCAGGCGCAGAAAGCCGAGCUGCAGGCCCAGACAACAGCCCUCGAACAAGCCAUUAAACAUGCUCACGAGUGUUACGAUGACGAGAUACAGCUUUACAACGAACAGAUCGAAAACCUACGGAAGGAGAUAGAGGAGGCCGAACGGUCUCUGGAGAGGUCGUCCUAUGACUGCAGGCAGCUGGCUGUGGCCCAGCAGACCCUGAGGAAUGAGCUAGACCGGUAUCAUCGGAUCAUUGAGAUCGAAGGCAACAGGUUGAGCUCUGUUUUCAUGGAGACACCCAUCUCUCUGAUCGGCCCGAGCCAUGGGGCCUCUCUCAGCCUUGGAUCCAGUGUGAAAGAUCUCACCAGGGCUGUGCAGGACAUCACAGCAGCUAAACCAAGACAAAAGGUCCUCCCCAAGAGCCUUCCGAAAAGGAAGGAGAUUAUAGCUCAAGACAAGGUGGACGAAACUCUGGAAGACGCGCAAUUAAAAACUCUGCAAGAGCCAAACCCAGCGCAGGUGGAGCUUCAAGCAGACAGUGAUUCUCAGCUGGGACCAAGGGGUGGACAGGAAGUAAGUCCAACACAAGAAGGGGGUCCUGAGGACGUACCAGAUGGGGGCCAGAUAAGCAAAGCCUUUGGGAAGCUGUGUAAAGUGAUCAAAGAGAGAGUGAGUGGCCCCAAAGAGCCUGUGCCAGAGCCUCCCGCUGACCUCUUCACCAAAGGACGACAUAUACUGGUCACAGGGGAUGCCAGUUUUGUGGACCCUGAGUUCUACUCCUCCUCCAUCCCAGCUAGAGGUGGGGUGGUGGUUUCCAUUGAGGAAGACUCCAUGCAUCAUGAUGGCUACGUGGAGCCCUCUCCUGGGCAGCCCAUGCCACCUGUGGAGAAUGGACAGGGGGCUCCCCAGGGCAGGGAAGGUGACCAUUCAAACCACCAGCAGGUUACAGAUAAGAAUGGGAUAGGGGCCAAGGAACCAAAAGACCUGGAAGAAAAAGAUGAUGAUGGCCAGAAGGAAGAUGAGGGGCCCAGGCGACCCUGUCCCGUGAUCAUACCUGGUCCUGAUGGACCAUCUACAUCCCAUUCACAAACAUCUGGGUCCAAUCAGGAUGGACCAGAGGGGCCCAGUAGUAAGAGCAGUAGCCUGCCAGCAAAAAUCCCUUCUAAGGCUUUAGCUUUUAAGAAGGUAGAGGUGGUGGAAUCUAUUGAGAAGAUUUCAACAGAGAGUAUUCAGACGUACGAAGAAACCUCUGUAAUUGUGGAGACUGUGAUUGGGAAGACAAAGGCCGACAAGAAACUGGGAGAGAAGGGCUCUUAAAAAGCCAGGGCUCGAAGGAAGGAAGUAUCUGGGACCAGUGUAGGAGAAGUGCCUUGAGAUGGGUUCCCGUUUGGAUUAGAUCAUAGUUGACCUGUCUGGCAUUGCCAAUGACCUCCAUUAAAAUGCUUUUAUUUU